AUGUCUUCCGCGUCACAUAUCCAGACCGUGUCCAACCGGUCCGGCAAAUCGUCGACCGCACGGGGCCGUCCAGCACCGCCGGAAUUCGCACAAAUGCCGAACAUCAAGGAUCUCAGAUACUUUAUUCCAUCAGCCGCCACGGCAGCCAUUUAUCUCUAUGCUCAAGGGCCAACAAUAACCGCCAUUGUCUGGGAUCUGAUGACUGGCGAUGAGAUAUCCCGCUUUGUUUCGUACGAGACGCUUACAGUCGCCUCGUGGAUGCGCAACGGAAACGUUGCGUUUGGAAACACGCAGGGAAACAUCAUCCUUUUUGAACCAACAACAUCCGAGCACAUCUCAGCUCGGACGAUUGACCAAAUUGCAGUCACAGCAUUGGCUCCUUCAUCUGACUGUCGGACCUUUGCUAUCGGCUACCAGAAUGGAUCACUUCUGGUUGCCACUCUACAGCCUCGCUUCACCAUCUUGCAUAACUUGACAACUUCGAGAGGCCCAUCACCCAUUGUCACCCUUUCCUGGCAUGCGUCGUCCUCGAGGCAAAAGUCAGACAUGUUGGCUGUACAGACACACGAUGGCGACCUGCGGGUCUGGAGCGUGGCCAAGUCGUACAACGCCGACGACCCCGCCAAGGUGGUCAGAGUGCUCCGGAGGAACGAGAACUUCCUGUCUGGCCCUAAUUGGAUGGGGUGGUCCAAGAACGGCCGCAUCAUCCAAUACUCAGAUUCGGAAACGUUUUCGUGGGACGUAAGGACGAAACAUGUCACCAAGGACUCCAUUCCCACCCUCGAGCAUGUAAAAGGCCUGGCCGUCUACGGUCCUGGGGCCAGCCUUUUUACCAUUGGACCAAACAAUACUGUGCAGCAGUUUGAUCUCAACUCUCCUGCCAUUAUGGUAGCAAACGUACAACACCCUGCUGGUGUCCUCCCACCAUCGCCUCCCACAUCAGAAGAGACGGGGGGCAGAUCGGUGCACUCUGCAACGACCAUCCAUACCUCAGAGUCCGAGUCAAGCUCUGUCCCCCUUGAGAUGGGUAUCUCUGAAAGUGAUGACGACCAUCUAUCCCCUUUCCAGCGACUGGUAAAGCGCAAUGCACCUGAAUCUUCGGCAGGCUCCCGCACACCCGGUAGACAGACAGGCUCACUGAGGUCGCGACCAAUGACUGAGGGGACAUACAUCUCCGCUGGUUCAUCCUUGAAAACCUCGACAGUGGGACGGCGGGACAUGGACAAUUAUUCGAUGGGCUACACGCUUCCUAGCACGAGUGGUCCGUCGUUGGCCUCGUCCAAAUCGAGACAACAUCGCCCAUCUCGAUUGCGACACGAGGUGCCUAGGAGCCCUGAUGAUGCCAAGGUGCAGGACUUGUUCAAGUACACUCGCUCACGUCUAAGCGAUCUUCCAUACAAACAUCCAAUGCCUGCAAGCCAAACUAAUCCUACCAAUGACGAUCUGCGUCGACAGAUGCUCAGUACCAUCUUCGGAUGGAACAAGGAAGUAGACGACUUAAUUCGCGAUGAGAUGAGUCGUUAUCCCGCAGGAUCGGCAAACCGCAUCUUGCUCGCAAAGUGGUUGGGCGAUAUCGAUUCAGACAUCAUGGCCGCUGGCUCUCAGAAUAUGACGUCUCAAGACUGGAUGCUGCUUGCUUUAAGCGGAAUCGGCGGUCAGGCAUCUCAGCACAAGCUCGGUCGCGUAUACGUCCAACGUCUUUUGGAGAAUGGCGAUAUCCACGUUGCAGUGACGAUUAUGCUUGGCAUGGGUGACUACAAUGAUGCCAUUGAAGUCUACAUCUCGCAUAAGAGAUACAUGGAAGCUCUCAUCCUCACUUGUGUGGCGUUCCCCAGUGUCUGGGAGCGACAAGCUGCGAUUGUGCGUAAAUGGGGCGAGUGGGCUGUUAAGCACGGUCAGCAACAGCUGGCGAUUCGUUGUUUUGCCUGCACCGACCAAGAAUCCUCGGAGCCUUGGACUUCACCAUCGGCUGCUCAGCUCAACUUUCAAAAUAUCACACCGAGCAUCCCUGAGAUGUUGAGCCCUCCGCUGUCUCCCCCAGGAGUUCAGAGGGGCCCUCAGCGGAGUGUCGCCAAAGCGUCGGCGCUGAAGCUGAUCACGUCGUUUGGAGACCCAAAUCAAAAGGCCAAGUUUUACUCGCAGGCUGAUGGCGGCCAAACACCUAUCGCGGCCGGAGUAACACCUAUUGCUGAAUCGGCCAUAUCUCCCUCAGGCGGCUUUGACCCUGCAACUGCGUUCCUUCGGCCAUCGGGCAAUAGUAGAUUUAACACGCCAACAUCAGCCCGCCCGGUCCAGGGUUUCAAUCGUGGCCGAUUGCCCUCCAUUGGAGAGGCCACUCUUGAUAGAAAUACUCUAAAGCCCAUUGAUAACAUCGCAAAGAUCGUUGACGCACCCCCGCAGCGGGCGAGCCAUUCCCGCAAGUCGUCCGCCACUCAAGACAAUAUGACGACGGGUCUUGCGAUGCAGCGUGCUGCUACGGCCAGCCCCAUGAUGAUGAGAGACCAGUAUCAGCGUGUCGUUCAGGGGUACUCGGGAGAGCGGCCACCCUCUCCUGAUCAUACCAUCAUGAGCAGAUUGCAGGAAGUUCACUCGACGCAGCGGAACGGCUCCCGUGAUCGAAUUCCCUCGCAUCUGCAUUUGCAGCUGCAGCCCCUGGCUCAACCGACAGACGCCAUGUCUCCUGAUCAGUCUGCCGCCUCAUCUACUCGCUUCCACUGGCCGUCUCGGACACGUCGUGGUACUGGUCCUCCUGUUGCCGGAUCUGUUGCCGGCUCCAUUACAUCCACCUCGAGCGCUGGCCGGAGCCACAAAUCGAACCCCCGGCACAGGGAUGAUUAUAUCCAUAGCCUGGAGGCGGCUCAGAGUUACUCAAGGAGAGCUGGAAGCAGGACGAGGAGCAAAGAGAGGACGAGAGAUGUAUCCGCCGGUCGCCAUGGCAGCCGGGAGCGGCGAGCCAAGUCGCGCGAUCCUUCAGAAGAGCGCGGCAGAGCUUCAGCCAGAUCUUGGACAAAGGCCAAAAGAUCGCCCACGUCCCCUGUACCAAUGUCACCGGAAGACUUGGCCAUCCUCAGCAAUCAAACUUUUAGCAACAACGUUGAGCCCCUGACGAUUCGGAAAGCAAGCGUAAUAAGGGGUAAGACGGGUGGAAGGAGCCGAUCGGCUCCGCGAUCACCACCCUCGCCAGUGCCAAUGUCGGCGACAGCUCUGCAUUACCAGGGAUCGGAAGAUGAGGAAGAUUUUAGAGCUGCCAUGCAGGCGCAAGAAGAAUUCAGAGCCAAGCACAGCAGGAGCGUUGGCCACAACAUCAAUUCUCCAGCCGUCAGUCGACGGGAAUACGCAGAAAGCCGACGAAGAGAGCCAACCGAAUCUCGAGAAGCCGCCCCAAUAGACUUGAGCCACACUGUACACAUACGAGCUGCAUCUACCGAGCACGCCGGUGACUUGAAGAAAAUGAAGGAUGAGAGGCAGCGCAAAAAGGAGCAGGCCGCACGAGAGCUAGAAGAGCGUCGAAAGUCUCUUGCAAAGCGACAACUGGGUCCUCAAAUCCCCCACCCAAGCGAGAUAUCUCCUGGCUUUCCUCCGAUCCUUGUGGAGGCCGAGGAUGAGACACUCCCGGAUGACCUCCCUCCUCGCUCUGCAACAGAACCUCCGAGGAGCAUGUAUGCGCGAAAUGGACCACACAUCGGCCUUCCUGCUACUCCCAAGGCGAUGAGACUCAUUCUCCGGUCGGACGAUGACCAGUAUGAAGACCUCACCCCUCCACCAGUGCCCGCAACAUUCUCUCAGAAGUAUUCCCCGCAAAGCUCACCAGGGUACUCUCCGCAAUACUACACAGAGAAGAAGAAGGUGGUGCAGAGGGAAGAAGAAGACCUGCAGCAACGACAAUAUCAACCACCACCACCGCCGCCGCCGCCACCACCACCACCACCUCAGCAACAGCAGCAGCAGAAGCAACAGGAGGAGGAGCAGCCACUGACACUGCUGCCAUCGACCGUCUAUCAACUGCCGUCAACAACUUAUCAACCUCCAUCUCGACCCAUGAUUCCGCGAAGCAUGUCGGCGCCAAUCCCCGAGGAGCCCUCUCAUCAAGGCCGUUUUGGGAGAAAGGGAAGUGCCAAUGAAGGCAGGGGCCUCGAUGACAUUGUAGAGACGGAAUGGCGCCGACAAGUGAACAACCUGGUGCCCCCACCACCACCGCCUCCUCCUUCGGCGCCUGCUACUUUCUUGAAGGAGCUGCAACAUCUAGCCAUGCCUCCUCCUCCCCCUCCGCCCCCGCUGCCACACGUCCGACGCCAGCCGCCCGUUGCUGGAACGUUGGCCUCGGGUAUGAUUGAGAUUGUCAUGGAUGAGACCGAUACUGAGGAACCCAUGAUGGCCGCCCCAAAUGACGGCAUGGUACCGGUGAUUCCUCCUCCCGAGCCGCCUGUCAAGGCCCACAAUCGCGGCCGCAGCCUCGGAGAGGGCAGCCUUUCUGGCCGCAUGACAAAGAAGAACGAACGUCUCCGUUCAGGUAGCCGUAGCCGAAAGGAGGGAUCCAUCAGCAUCAAAUCACCCCCGCUUGACAUGUACGGCGAUGGCGGAAAUUCCUUCAGCCAGCUCAGAUCGCCUGUGGCUGGUAUCCCCCCUCCCGUUCUCUAUGAUCGAGACGCCAUUCGAUCGCCAAUCGAGGGGCAUGGAAGAAAACUGUCGUCGGCUGGCCUGCACGGUAGUGGCAUGUUCUGA